CCAUUCUCUUUGGUUCAGGCAGAAUCAGAUGCUCUGUUCCAGUAAUCAAACCACUUCAGACACAUGUCAACGAAAAGCAAUAACAAAGCGUCACAUCUCGGGUGUCAUCCCAUAAGAUAGCAUUAAAAAUCGGAGAUUUCCGGGUGACUAUUAACGUUUUCCUGGUCCUUAUUAUCUGGAAGUGAUAUAUUCUGAAAAUAUUUACGCCGUUUUGCGUGAGAAACCUUCAGAGGGAAGAAAAUAAAGGAGAAUUACAAUGGGAAUUAUUUUCCUUGAACACAUUGGAGGCACUCGUUUGUUCUCUUGUGCAUCUUGCGAUACUAAUCUGACGAACAGAGGACAGUUAAUCAGUACGAGAUUCACAGGUGCCACUGGACGUGCUUUUUUGUUUAAUAAAGUCGUUAAUCUGAACUACAGUGAAAUUCAAGAUCGCAUAAUGUUAACUGGCAGACAUAUGGUGCGCGAUGUCAGCUGCAAAAACUGUGAUGCUAAACUCGGUUGGGUCUACGAAUAUGCUACAGAUGAAAACCAACGUUACAAAGAGGGUCGUGUUAUUCUGGAACGAGCUCUGGUGACCGAGACGGAUGGAAUGGGAGAGAAUAUAUAAUUUUUGUUGAUCAAGAAAAUACCAAAAAAUGUUUUUUUCAUCCAUUUUAAGAUAAAGAUAAAUUUAUUAACACAUUAAUAAUAAUUUCAAUCAUUCAUUAUUACGCAAUACAUGUUGAUUAAUCAUGUGAUUUUUGUUUAGCACUAUUAACCAUGUUUUUUAAGGUUUAUGGAAAAUAAAGAGUGACGUUUAAGACUGA